AUGGACGGGUGGUUAAGCUUGUGUUUCAUAGCCGGAUCCACGCUCCUGGCAAUUUGGUUUCUCGACCUCUCCCGUCGCAGGAACAACCCCAAUAAGAAGCUGCCUCCAGGGCCAUGGACUCUCCCCAUCGUCGGCAGCCUCCUCCACGUCGUCGGCGCCUUCCCGCACCGCACCAUUGCAGAGCUGUCUCGCCGGCAUGGCCCGCUGAUGCACCUCAGGCUAGGCGAAGUCGCCACCAUGGUCGUCUCUAGCGCCGAGGUGGCGGCUAUGCGGGACGAGUACAUCCGCGAGUUGGGCGAGUCGAUGGAGCUUGUCACCGGCUUCUGCCUCGUCGACAUCUUCCCCUCUUCGCGGCUGGUGCGGUGGCUUAACAGCGUCGAGAGGCGUAUGAGGAGGAGCUACGGCCGUAUGCAGAGCAUCAUCGCUGACAUCCUCGACGAGCGCAAGGCCGCACGAGCUGCCGGCGAUGGCUCCUGCAGCACCGAUGACGAGGAUCUGCUGGAGGUGCUGCUCAGGCUGCAGGCCGAGGACUCUUUGGAAUUCCCUCUAACCACAGAGAUUAUAGGCGCCGUCAUGUUUGACAUGUUUGCUGGUGGCACGGAUACCACCGCAACCGUUUUGGAGUGGGCUAUGUCAGAACUUGUGAACAAUGCCGAAGCCAUGACUAAAGCACAACUAGAGGUCCGAGAGGUGCUUGGCGAAGACCGAGUUAUCAUUACCAAUUGUGACAUUGCUAAACUCCCCUACAUGAGGAUGGUCAUCAAGGAGGUUCUGAGGUUGCAUCCACCCAUUCCUCUAGUCCCUCGCAUGGCUAGAGAUGAUUGCAAUAUUAUGGGUUAUGACAUGCUUAAAGGCACCAAUGUAUUAGUUAAUGUCUUCGCAAUUUCCAGAGAUUCAAGAUAUUGGGAAAAUCCUGAAGAGUUUAAGCCCGAGAGAUUUGAGAACAACAAUAUGGAUUACAAUGUGACAUAUUUUGAAUUUAUUCCCUUUGGGGCUGGGCGACGGCAGUGCCCUGGGAUGUUCUUUGGCAUAUCGACAGUGCACAUCACAUUGGCAAACAUGUUGUAUCAUUUCAAUUGGAUGCGUCCUGAAGGGGCUUGUCUGACUUCAUUUGACAUGUCUGAGAAAUUUGGGUUGACAAUAAGACGAAGAUAUGACCUGCAGCUCAGAGCUAUUCCAUGGGUGGGCGUCAAAAAUAUACUGUUGAGGUGA